CUCUGAGCCCCGCGGGCAGCAAGCAUGAGAGCCCCGAGUCGCCGCCGCCGGAGCCGCCGCCGGAGCGCCAGCCCCGCUCCGCCGUCAGCAGCGGGGAGCCGAGCCCCGGCCUGCGGGAGGAGCCGCGCCUGGAGCCGGCCCGGGGCCCCGGAGGGCCCCGCUCGCCCAAGCUGGCGGCCCCGGCGCGCAUGGAGGAGCCCGCGCCCGGCGCCAUCGUGGUGCGCAUCGGCAUCCCCGACCUGCAGCAGACGAAGUGUCUGCGGCUGAACCCCGACGUUCCCGUGUGGGCGUCCAAGCAGCGCAUCCUGUGCACGCUCAACCACAGCCUCAAGGACGUGCUCAACUACGGCCUCUUCCAGCCCGCCUUCAACGGCCGCGCCGGCAAGUUCCUGGACGAGGAGCGGCUGCUGCGGGAAUACCCGCUGGGCCCCGGCGCGCCCCUGCCCUACCUGGAGUUCCGCUACAAGCGCCGCGUCUAUUCCCAGCCGCUGCUGGACGACAAGCAGUUCGCCAAGCUGCACACCAAGGCGAACCUGAAGAAAUUCAUGGAAUACGUGCAGAUGCUGAACUCGGAGAAGGUUUGCCGGCUGCUGGAAAAGGGGCUGGAUCCCAACUUCCAUGAUCCCGACACCGGAGAGUGCCCGCUGACAGCGGCGGCGCAGCUGGAGCUCAGCGCCGAGAUGAUCAAAGCGCUCCGGAACGGCGGAGCCCACCUGGAUUUCCGGACCCGCGAGGGAAUGACGGCGCUGCACAAAGCCGUGAGGUGUCGGAAUCACGCGGCCCUGCUGACGCUGCUGGAUCUGGGAGCGUCCCCGGAUUACAAGGACAGCCGGGGGCUGACCCCGCUGUACCACAGCGCCAUGGUGGGCGGGGACCCCUACUGCUGCGAGCUGCUGCUGCACGACUACGCCCGCCUGGGCUGCGUGGACGAGAACGGCUGGCAGGAGAUCCACCAGGCCUGUCGCUACGGGCACGUGCAGCACCUGGAGCACCUCCUGUUCUACGGAGCGGACAUGACGGCGCAGAACGCCUCAGGAAACACCGCCCUGCACAUCUGCGCCCUCUACAACCAGGAAAGCUGUGCCCGGGUUCUCCUCUUCCGAGGCGCCAGCAAGGAAAUCCGGAAUUACAACAGCCAGACGGCGUUCCAGGUGGCCAUCAUUGCAGGGAAUUUCGAGCUGGCGGAAAUCAUCAAAACCCACAAAGAGUCCGAUGUUGUGCCUUUCCGAGAAACUCCCAGCUACACCAAGCGCCGCCGGCUCCUCGGCUCCGGCGGGUUGGCGUCGCCGCGCGUCCUCCAGCGCUCGGCCAGCGACAACAACCUGAAAGCCGAGAGCCGCACCUCGUAUUCCCCGGUGCCGUCGCUCCGGAGCCUCCCGCCGCAGCUCCUGGUCCAGAUGCAGGAAGAGCGGGAGCAGCAUCGGGAUCAGGAGCAGGAGCGGGAGCGGCCGGGACCGCCCGCGGGGCGCGGCGGGGCGAGCCGCGAGCUGCCGGGCAUCAGCACCGUCACCUACGUGUUCGUUUACAGCCCCGCCGGCCCCGCCGGGCCCCCCGCCGGCCCCGGUGCCGAGCCCGCGCCCCACGCCGCGCCCGCCCCGCUGCGCGGGCCCAAGCGGAAGCUUUACAGCGCCGUGCCCGGCCGCAAGUUCAUCGUGGUGAAGAGCUACGCGCCGCAGGGCGAUGGCGAGAUCCAGCUCAACCGCGGCGAGGCCGUCAAGGUGCUGAGCAUCGGCGAGGGCGGAUUCUAAGGCUCCGUGAAGGGCAGGAGCGGCUGGUUCCCGGCGGAAUGCGUGGAGGAGGUGCAGAUGCGCCAGUACGACUCCAGGCAAGAUAACCCUGGGAACGUGAACCUGAUGUGA